GUCAUGGCGAGCAAUUACUCAAUUUCGAGCAUUCCAUUUCUUAUUGGACACAAACCUAUUGCGCCAUCAUGUGCCUGACUCGUAACAUCAAUAGCCAAACACGUCCAGUUAUAUAAAAAUAAACAAAACACUUCAUCUUUUACUUUCUUGUCUUUUCUCUCUCUCUUUUUAUCAAUCAAUUUAUAAUUAAAUAUGGCAAACACUCCUCACGGUGGCAUUCUCAAGGACCUUCACUCACGUGAUGCUCAUAAACAAGAAUCUCUCUUGGCUGAAGCUCAAUCAUUACCCUCUAUCGUCUUGACUGAUCGUCAAUUAUGUGACCUCGAGCUCAUCCUCAAUGGUGGUUUCUCUCCUCUCGAAGGAUUCUUGAAUGAAAAGGACUAUACAAGCGUUGUUGAAAACAUGCGCUUAACAAAUGGUUUACUUUGGCCAAUUCCAAUCACUUUGGAUGUAAGUAAGCAAGAGCUAGAAGAGAGCAAGAUCGAACCAUCCAAGCGUAUUGCCUUAUUGGAUCCUCGUGACAAUGAACCCUUGGCUAUCUUGACAGUAGAGGAUAUCUAUAGACCUGAUAAAUCAAAGGAAGCCAAGUUAGUCUAUGGUGCUGAUGAUGUUGCUCAUCCUGCUGUUAAUUACCUUCAUAAUAUUGCUAAAGAAUUCAACCUUGGUGGUUCUCUCGAGGCAAUUCAAGCCCCAUCUCACUACGACUAUGUCGCCAACAGAUACACACCCAGCGAACUUCGUUCCCACUUCAAGAAACUCCAAUGGACACGAGUCGUUGCUUUCCAAACUCGUAACCCCAUGCACCGUGCUCAUCGUGAACUGACCGUACGUGCUGCUCGCCAACGCAAGGCUCAUUUGUUGAUUCAUCCUGUCGUCGGUCUUACAAAGCCUGGAGAUAUCGAUCACUACACACGUGUGCGAGUCUACAAGGCCUUGAUGCCCAAGUAUCCUAACGGUAUGGCCGAGCUCAGUUUGUUACCCUUGGCCAUGCGUAUGGGUGGUCCUCGUGAAGCCGUCUGGCAUGCCUUGAUCCGUAAAAACCACGGUGUGACUCACUUCAUUGUGGGUCGUGACCAUGCUGGCCCCGGUAAGAACAGCCAAGGUGUUGAUUUCUACGGACCAUACGAUGCCCAAGCACUCGUUGAGAAGUACAAGGACGAAAUCGGUAUCGAGAUUGUGCCUUUCCAGAUGGUUACUUACUGCCCUGAUACAGAUGAGUAUAUCCCUGCUGAUGAAGUUCCCGAAGGUGUCAAGACAUUAAACAUCAGCGGUACGGAGCUUCGUCAUCGUCUCAAGACAGGUUUACCCAUUCCUGAAUGGUUCUCUUAUCCUGAAGUCGUCCAAGUCUUGAGACAAUCUCAUCCUCCUCGUAGUCAACAAGGUUUUACCAUCUUCUUUACUGGUCUUCAUGCUUCUGGCAAGAACGCCAUUGCCCGUGCUCUUCAAGUCUCCUUAAACCAGGAAUCUACCCGUACAGUAUCUCUUUUGUCAAGCGAAAACACCCGUGCUGAAUUGUCUUCCGAGCUGGGUUUCUCCAAACGUGAUCGUGAUAUCAAUAUUGGUCGCCAAGCCUUUGUUGCUGGUGAAUUGACAAGAGCUGGUGCUGCUGUUAUCGUCGCGCCUAUUGCUCCUUAUGCUGCCGCUCGUGAUGCUGCCAGAAAGACCAUUUCACAAUAUGGUGGCUUUUACCUCAUUCAUGUAUCUACUCCUCUUGAAGAAUGUAUCAAACGUGAUCGUGAUGGUAUCUAUGAACGUGCCAAGAAGGGCGAGAUCAAGGAGUUUACAGGCUUAGAUGCACCUUAUGAAGUGCCUACAAAUGCUGAACUUACUGUUGAUAUUACUAAGCAAUCCAUCUCACAAGCUGUACAUGAAAUUAUCCUGUUACUCGAAAAGGAUGGUUACGUUGGUUCCUCCUAAGUUAUUUAUUCCCCCCCCACUUUUCAUUUUAUAUGUGUAGACAAUAAAAACAAUUAUGUAUUUUAAUAAAAAGUUCUUUUUAUUUAAUGAUAGCC